GGCGGCAUCUCCACGCGCGGCGGCCACAUGGCGCCGACCCUCCGACAGCCUCCACGACCUCCCCCUCGACCCUCCCCCUCGGAUCACAGCAGUGAGCUCCUACCCCCGCUACGCGGCAGGUGGAGCGCUCCGACUGCCUCAACGACAUCCACGCGCUGUUUGCGGGAAGCGACGCGGCCGUCGUCACCGCGCGGGCAAAGCGCGAGGUCCCCCUCGUGGCCAGCCACCUCGUGGUCGGGCGAGCGGGCUCGUGGCUCUCGAACCAGCCGGCGACCUGGUACGAGUUCCUCGCCUCCGACCUGCCCAUCCCGAUCCCCGCCCAGAUCGUCCUCGCGCUCCUGCUGGCCGCGGCGCUACUCCGCCUCGUCUACGAGUGCUGCUGCGGCUCGCUGCGGCUCGGCCCGCCGCGCAAGGCCUCCUCCUCCGCCGCUGCUUCCUGGAUGCCCGUGCGGCAGAGCUCGCCCGAGGAGUGGUGCUCGGAUCCGGCCUCGCUCCUCCCCGCCAGCGGCGCCGUCCGACUGCACGUGAGCUGA